ACCCAGUGCUGUCGAGUGAAAGUUGAAAAUGAUGGAGGCUGAAGUUCGAGAUGAACAUGAAUGACAAAUAUCACAGGGCGGCUCGAGAUGGCUACCUUAACUUGCUGAAAGAGGCUACGCGGAAGGACCUAAACGCCCCCGACGAAGAUGGCAUGACACCGACGUUGUGGGCCGCUUACCAUGGCAACCUUGAAGCGCUGAGACUCAUCGUGGGGAGAGGAGGGAACCCUGAUAAGUGUGACAUAUGGGGAAACACGCCGCUACACCUUGCCGCUGCUAAUGGCCACCUCAACUGCCUGUCCUUCCUGGUGUCGUUUGGCGCCAACACAUGGUGCCUCGACAACGACUACCACACACCCCUGGACAUGGCCGCCACCAAGAACCACAUGAACUGUGUGCGCUACCUGGACUCCAUCGCCGCCAAGCAGACGGCCCUCAACCCCAAGCUGGUGGCCAAAAUGAAGAAGCGAGCCUUCGGGGAUGCCGAGCGGCGCAUCAGGGACUGCGUCAAACUGCAGCACAAGCACCACCUCCGCAUGGAGCGCCGCUUCCAGAAGGAGGCUACGGAGGCUGCCUCCAUCUCGGAUGCCAUGAGCUUCUCCAGCUACGCCAGCAGCACCCUCAGCCGCAAGCCGAACCACUUCAACACUGCCACCAGUGUGCCAUACUCACAGGCUACCUUACAUGCUACAGCCAGAGGAAAAACAAAGAUUCAGAAGAAGUUGGAGAAGAAGAAGCAGGGUGACGGGACCUUCAAGAUCUACGAGGACGGUCGGAAAAGUGUGCGCUCCCUUUCCGGCCUGCAGCUGGGCAAUGAUGUCAUGUUCUUGAAGCAGGGCACCUAUGUGAACCCCAGGGACCGCGGCCGGCGCAACAUCCGCGACAUGUUCCAGCGGGACACUGAGGACGCCAUCUCACGUGCCAUCAGUGAGCCGGACUUACAAGGACCAGACGUGGACUACUCUGAGGUCAGCACGGACUCCGGCCACGACUCACUUUUCAACCGCCCUGGCCUUGGCACCAUGGUCUUCAGGAGGAACUAUGUGAGUGGGGGCCUUUUUGGCAUCGGUGCCCAAGAUGACAGUAGUGUGGUGGGUAGUGGGCAGGCACCCAACGUGCGCCUGAGGAGCCGUCUGCAGCGCUCACCCAGCCUGGAUGAGGACAGCAUCGGCAGUGCCCACAGCCUCCAGGAGAGGAACAUCCAGGAACUUCCCUGGGAGGAGGUGGAGCUUGGGCUGGACGAUGACGAUGAACCAGAGAGUAGCCCCCUGGAGGUGUUCCUGGCCACCCUGAGCAUGAAUGAGUUCAUUUCUAUCUUUAAGAGGGAGAAGAUCGACCUGGAAGCACUGCUGCUGUGUUCCGAUGACGACCUCAAGGGUAUUCAUAUCCCUCUGGGGCCUCGUAAGAAGAUUAUGGAUGCAUGCAAGAGGCGACUAGAGACCAUUGAGGAGCCCGACAACAUAGAGGACACUCAGUUAUAAUGAGGUCAUAGUCUUUGUCACCUAUCCUGUUCUUCUGCACAUACCAGGGGGCAUCUGUGCAUGUGAUACAGACAGAAACGCUAAAUGAAUGAUUCACUGAAGGACUCACUGAAGGACUCAGUGGAGGACUCACUCAAGGACUCACCAAAUGAAUCACUGGAGGACUUACUCGAGGACUUAGUGAAGGACUCACUGGAGGAGUAACUGAAUGCAGCUUUGCAGAUCUGCAGCUUAGGGCUGGGCCUUUAUCAUAAGACCACUGGCCAGAUGCUAUUACGUCCUUGUCUAGCCUGUGGACGCAGCAAUCGUGCUGAAGUUCCAUGGUUGCCAUAAGUGUCUGUGGGCAGAUGCUACCGAGAUGCCUGCUGGAGUCACACCCAAUCAGACUCUCAGCCUGGUACAUGUGCCUCAAUGGGACACAAGGCUAUGGGCCUGUGCUCCCAACACACAUGCAUGUCCUUUGUCAUUUCAGGCAUGACAUGUAUGUGCAAUGUUUGAUUUUUUUUUAUGACGUAGACUUCUAGUUAUAAACAGUUUUGAAAUGUUACACUUUUGCAGAAUAUGGGGCAUGUUUUCUAGACCUUGCAUUACGAAGCUGAAGAACUUUUAUGCGAUGCCAAGGUUCUGUCAAACCCCCACCCCCGCCACCCCCCAGUUUCACUGCUGAUCGCCAAUGGAAAUAUUAGCAGUUGUGAGUUCUUUUGCAGGUCAGUUAAUAUCUGUACUAGAAUAGUGCACUCUGACUUCCGUCACUUUGUUUACGUAUCAAGCCAUAUAUAAUUUUAAGACAUGGGACAUUUUAUCAUUGUUUUUUAAUUAUUUUAUUGCCUUUUUGGUGAAACAUCUUACUCUUUGCUGAUUAUCUUUAGUUUGCAAUCAUGUCAUAUCAUUACAGAAACACUCUACAGAUUCUCAUUCUACAAUCUGAUCAUGCUACAUAACUCAUACACCCAUAUUUUUGGCAUUCAGUACACCUGUGGAUUUAUUUCACAGUACCCAGUCCACGCUCACUACAUGAACAUUAAUUUUAUAUUUUUAGUAUGUUUUUCUUUUGUUAUUUCAUAAAAAUGAUAGAACAUGACAUCCAGCACUGAAAGCCUUUAUCAUGUUUAUGAGCAAGACAAUAAACUGGUAUUGCAGAUAGAUUUGUAAAGGGUUUUCACCUGUCUCGCUUUUACAGGUUUUUUUUUUGUUUUUUGUUUUUUUUCACAAAACAGUAUAAAAAAUGGACAAUGAUGGUUGUCGUUUUCACAAAACUUGUGACUUCUGGAAAGCUUGCCAAAGUAAGUGCUUUUGAAUCAUAUCUCCUCACAUCAGCAGACUACAAGUCUGUCUAUUUUUGUUCACUUUCAAAAGCUAAACAAAGUGUUUCAGACACCAUGGCACUAUUAUAAGCCUCACAAAACUGGUUGUAUCGAGUUCUGUUACCCUAACCCUAGUCUUCAUGGUUUAUUGCUUGGACACACAGCAAUUUGAAACCAUACAGCAAAAAGCCCAGAGU